UAAAUAUUAAAAAAAUUAAAUAAAUAAAGGACUUUCUUUGGGCAAAAGCAUUACGAGGGAAGAGCGCGCCCGGCUGUAGAAAAACUACACUUCCCACAAUUCCUCAGGCCAGAGUUGCGUAACUUUCGGAACGUCUUCCAGGAGAGACUCUGCGGCCCAGACGAUUUGGCAGAAACAUCAAACACCUCGAUUCUGAAUGACACAAAAUCCAACGGAGUUGCAUAAACUCGUCCGUAACGAGGAAAUAGUCGACCGCAAGCGCUCGGAGGCUGGCUGUGAGAGAGAUUCACGGUGGAUUUGAGAACGCAAGAUCGCGAGGGCCUAUCAAAUAUGUCCUCUUCCUCGCAGGCGUCUUCCAGGCGGCAAUGGUGCUACCUUUGCGACCUGCCAAAGAUGCCGUGGGCCAUGAUUUGGGACUUCAGCGAGGCCGUGUGCAGAGGCUGCGUCAACUACGAGGGCGCGGACAGAAUAGAGCUGCUCAUCGACGCGGCGCGGCAGCUCAAGCGAACACAUGUGAUGCAGGACGGCAGAUCUCCGGGUCCGCAGCCCGGCGCUAAACACGCUCCCGCUGGUAAGGAGGGUCCUAUGGAGACCGGCAGACCGCCCUCCGAGCGAUAUGAGCGGGGAAGGGGAGAAUAUGUGUCUGCCAGGCUGCCCAACGGGCUGCCCAGACUGGAAGAUGGAGGUCCGCCUGAGGUUAGUAGACAGAGUCCUACCGCCAGGAGGACUUUAUUGGGGGCUGUGCCACCCAAUUUAAUGGCGCAAGGGCUUGUCGGAACCCCUCAUGGCCUGCUGACUGCCAUGCCUGGUCUGAAUGCCCGAGCUGGAGGCGCCCCCUUGACCAUUUCCGCUCCCAUGUUGAACGAGCUCAGUAAGAGACAGGCCAUAGGCAUGGGGAUGAACGUAGGCAUGGCGUCUUUCAUGAGCCCAGAAUUCGAAAAGGAGCUCAAGGAGAAGCAGAGGAAUGCCGAAACCCUUGCUGAGCUUUCUGAAAGUGUGCGGAACCGUGCAGAAGACUGGGUGGGACGCCCCAAACACAUUCGCGAGGCCUUGCACACCUUUUCUGGCUGCACUCCAUUCAAUGUCCGCUUUAAGAAAGACCACGGCCUGGUGGGAAGGGUGUUCGCUUUUGACGCCAAGCUGAUGCUUGAGUUUGAGCUGAAGGUCUUCAUUGAGUACCCGUGCGGAUCCGGUAACGUGUUCCCCAGCGUCUUAGCACUGGUCAAGCAGAUGUUCCACGACUCUCAGAAAGACACCGGCAAGGUCAUUAACUCGGGGUACAAAUACGUGGAGUAUGAGAAAAGGCACGGCACCGGUGACUGGCGUCUCCUGUCGGAGCUGCUCAGCGAUGGAGUGCGGGUGUUCAAAGAUGCUCCGGCCCCAGAAUCCCUCCCGCAGCCUUACCUGGACCCCAGCUGCUCCAUGUUACCCAGCGCGCUCUGCCACAUCGGCCGUCCCAUGCAGCCAAGAGUGCGCAGACGCAAAGCCUCGCCCGAGCUGGACGGUGCCGAGAGGAUGACCUCUGAGGAGAUGCGCCAGCAUUGGCCGCUUGCUGCAUAUCCCGGCUUGCCCGGCCAUAUGCCCGCAACCUCGCUAGCCAGCGUGGGACAGCCUCCAGAGGGCAUGGGGGCGCAUGGUAGCGACCCGUCGCCCAUCUCGGCGCUCAUGAGUGUGGCUGACAACGUCGGCACAGCCACCCAGUCCCCUAAAGAUGCUCCAGGCAGCAGCAGUGGCCACUCAGCCAACGCAGGGCGGCAGAACAGCGCAAGUCCUUCAGCCCUAGGCGUUCAGCUGCGGCUGGCCUCGCGCAACGGAGAACCAUCGGCGGGCAGUAGCGCAGGAGGAUUGACUACGACCGUCACCGCGUCCCUCUCUGACCAGGGCACCGUUAUGGGAGGCGAAGGCUCAGGAGGCGGUGGCGGUGCCCCUCUUUGCUGCACCAUCUGCCACGAGCGCCUGGAGGACACGCACUUCGUCCAGUGUCCGUCGGUGCCCGGGCACAAGUUCUGCUUCCCUUGCACUCGGGACUUCAUCUGCAGACAGGGCUCAGGGAAUGAGGUGUACUGCCCCAGUGGAGAGAAGUGCCCUCUCGUGGGCUCCAACGUGCCGUGGGCCUUCAUGCAAGGCGAGAUCUCUACAAUCUUGGCAGGUGAUGUGAAGGUGAAGAAAGAAAGGGACCCCUAACGGCCAGCAGCAGAACUCAAACCUCACUCUGAGGGAGCUGCGAUCCUGAGCACUAAAGAUGGUCGCGGUGAUCACGAGGCCCACAGCACUGAAGAGACAGCUGCUGGCGGGCAGGUCCUCUUCCUCCAUCUACCCAAGCCCCCUCUUGCCUUUCACUGUCUUUCCCCCUCCUUUUCCUGAGACGAUGGAGAAUACAGCCAUUUUUCUCUUUAGUCAAAGUCUGCUUUAUUGUCAGUUCUUCCACAUGUACAGCACAUACAUACAGAGAAUUGAAAUUGCGAUUAGAGAUUAAGAGAUGCCCAUGUAUUAAACCCUCCAGCACUUAUUUCAGAUUUGUUGGCCCGCGUCGAUUCUUCAGCAGCGCUUUAAGAACUUUCAGUCUGCAAACCAAAGCCAGGUUUGAAAAAAAAA